AUGUCCAACGCGACAAAGCUUUGUAUAAAGCCAAAGACGAGGAAAAAGACCGCUAGAGCAUGUACAUAUUGCCAUCGUGCCCACUUGACUUGUGAUAGUAAUCGACCUUGUAAUCGAUGCCUUAGAAAAGGAUUAGCCGACACUUGUGUUGAUGCUCCCAGAAAGAAAAAGAAAUAUUUGAUGGAUGUAGACGAUGUUCAAAUAACUACAUCAUGCCCUCCUUCAAUGAAUAAUAGCAAUAACAAUAGUAUUGCUAGUGAUGCCAAUAGCAGUUUCCAGAGCAAUGCCAGACCAACACCGCCAUCCAGUAACCAAUACACUAAUCCACUACUAUUUGAUUCGGCAACUAGCUUCUUUUCUCAAAAUAACGCCUUCCAAGCUCCAACAACCAACCAGUUGUUGAAUACUAGCACAGAUCAAUUCCUUGCGCAGAACCUGUCUUCGGCCAAAGGUGAUAAUAAGGCAAAUAACCAAAAAAUAAUUAAUGAUGGUGACGGUUUGAAACAAUCUCAAGUUAAAAGUAAACGACAAUCCCGGUUUUCUUCGGCAGCAGCUGAUCUAGAAUACGCCGUGCUUACCAAUAUCAUCAAAAACCCUUUAAAUGAUAAUGGAUCAUUAGAUUUUUUGAAGCCAUCAUUAAUGCAAACCUUGCCACAAAAUAGCAACGACUACAGUCAAUUGGUUUCAAAUUUCUCCCUUUUCAGUCAAAAGCCAAAGGACAUAAAGAAUGUCCAUGAACAUAGCCAACAUCGCGUACCCGCCAACGAUAAUGGUUAUUCGCUUUUACGUACUACCAGCAGUGGUGCCUAUUCGGAAACCCCAACACCUCCAUAUGUAGGAUCCCCAAACGAUAACCGGUUAUCUGAACAAGGUUAUGAUUACAAUAGCCACAUGAUCCAGUAUGCCAAGCAUUCUUUUAAUAAUUUUAAUGAUGGGUCAUCAAUGAACCGAUCUUCAUCGUCAACUACUUCAAAUUUUGAUAUCUGUCCCCAGUGGGAUCCUUCAAUAAAUCAAUACUUCCUUGGUUUACUUCCUGGAUUGCCUGAUAGUAAACCUUACCUUACUUACCCAGACAUUCGUGAUGUCAUUGAGAAAAAUACAAUAGAUCAAGAAGCCAGGCCCCAUAGAUCAACUUUAUCAUUUGCCAUCGGGGUUCAGUCCGACAAACAUGUUCAUCAUCAUCAUCACCGUAAUGAUCAUAUGGAAUGGGGAUUACAAUUCAAGGAACCAGAAGAAAUUUAUUCCCAGGUCAAGAAACCCUUUUCGUACACUACAGGCUUCCAUUUGCUAGUGGUUUAUUUGCGUCAUAGAUUCCAUAAUGAUAAAACUGUACUAGUGAAACUUGUCAAAUCAAUGGCCCAGUAUCGUCCUAGUUUUACUGCUCAAGUCAUGACUCUCAAAGAAGAAGACUUGAUAUUUAUGGAGCAAUGUUUCCAACGUGCGUUGUUAGAGUAUCACAAAUAUCUCUCAAUCUCUGGAACUCCAACGGUUAUUUGGAGACGUACAGGGCAAAUAUCAUUUGUCUCUGAGGAGUUCACCAUGCUCACUGGUUGGAGUGUGGAAAUGCUACUAUCUAAAAUCACAUUUGUUGUCGAGCUCAUGGAUGAUGAGUCAGUGAUUGGAUAUUUUGAGUUGUUUAGUAAAAUUGCAUACGAGGACUACAAAGGUGCAGGAAUGAUUGAAUGUGUUUUAGUAAAUCCUAAGGGAGACAAAAAAAUCAGAACAAAAUGUUGCUGGACUUUAAAAAGAGAUGUUUUCGGGAUUCCAAUGAUGAUUAUCGGGAACUUUUUACCAUUGAUUUGA